AGUUGCGCUUUGGAUAGCGCUUUGUGUAGUGGUGGAGUGUUCCAUUUUGGAGAAAAUCUAGUGGAUAUUUACGUACUUUUCGUGCAAAACACGUGAAAAAUGUCGGGGAAUUCAUCACAAAGUAGGAGACAACAAUCGAGACAGCUAAGAGAGCGCAAACAAAGGAAGCUGUACUCGGAGGAUUGGUCUGUGAACGAGGAGGACAUCGAGGGCCAGCGCACGUUCAACUUGCAGGACAAGCUCGAGGAUCCUGCCUUCGCGGCACACUCCAUAGUCAAGGAGAUGCAUGGAAACGAGCUGAACAUCGCUUAUUUCCAGAGGCACGGCUUCAGCACGCCGCUGCUAUUCAAGGAAAAGACUGGAUUAGGUUUAAGGGUACCAACAUCAAAUUUUACAAUAAACGACGUCAGGAUGUGUGUCGGAUCUCGAAGAAUUUUAGACGUCAUGGACGUGAAUACGCAAAAAAAUAGUGAGAUGACCAUGAAAGAUUGGCAAAAAUAUUACGAAGAUCCAGAGAAAGACAAACUCCUCAAUGUGAUAUCUUUAGAAUUUUCCCAUACUAAGUUAGAAAAUUAUGUUCAAAGUCCCACAAUAGUAAGGCAAGUUGAUUGGGUUGACUGUGUUUGGCCUAGACAUUUGAAGGAAAGUCAAAUAGAGGCAACGAAUGCUCUCGACGUUAUGAAAUACCCCAAAGUUCAAAAGUACUGCCUUAUGUCGGUUAAAGGUUGCUAUACAGAUUUCCACGUAGAUUUUGGUGGGACAUCUGUUUGGUAUCACAUCCUGAAAGGUGGUAAAGUGUUUUGGUUAAUACCUCCUACGGAACAUAAUUUAAAUCUCUACGAACGCUGGGUCCUCUCUGGGAAACAGUCCGAUAUUUUUUUUGGUGAUACCGUUGAAAAGUGUGCAAGAAUAGUUCUGCAUGAAGGAAAUACAUUUUUCAUACCUACUGGAUGGAUACACGCAGUAUAUACUCCAGAAGACUCUCUGGUUUUCGGUGGAAAUUUUCUUCACUCAUAUGGAAUUGAUAAACAGUUGAAAAUUGCCCAAGUUGAGGAUGCUACAAAAGUACCAUACAAAUUUCGGUAUCCGUUCUUUACUGAGAUGUUAUGGUAUGUUCUAGAGCGAUAUGUACACUGUCUGUUGGGAAAUUCUCAUUUGAUAACAGGUCAAGACGCUCCAAUACCACCUGACAGGGCCCACAUACAUCUCACUCAAGCGGAAUUACAUGGUUUAAAGGAAAUCGUCUUGUACCUUCAUAUGCUCCCUCCCAAUAAAAAAAAUGUGCCUGAAUUACUGAAAGACCCGAUAUCCCUGAUACAGGAUGUCAGGACGCUUAUUGGUUUACAUAGACAAGACAGCAGAGAACAAGCUAUUACUGGUCGUCCUAUCAUAACAGUUCCAGAAGAUCUAGAAAACAAGUCCAAGAUUAUGACUCCCAGAGGACCGUAUUCAAAGGGAAACAGUAUGAAGUCUCCUAAAUUUAAGGGGCCUAAGCUUGGUGAAAAGGGAGGCCCAAGAAGAAGGAGAACCAGAUGCAAAAAAUGCGAAGCCUGUCAAAGAAGCGAUUGUGGUGAGUGCAGUUUCUGCUUGGACAUGGUGAAGUUCGGCGGUCCCGGCAGAGCGAAGCAGACCUGCAAUAUGAGGCAGUGUUUGCAGCCCAUGUUGCCCGUGACGGCAGCGUGUGCUCAUUGCGGCCUGGACGGCUGGAUGCAGACCCCCGUCACGCCUCUGCAAAAAGGGCCGCAGAGAUGCGACAGUGCCAGUAACUUGAUGGAAUGCUCGGUAUGCUAUGAAAUCGCCCACCCCGCCUGCGUUCAGCGAGUCUGCCAAGAGUUCACUGGCUACAUCAACGAAGAUAUGCCCAACUCAUGGGAGUGCCCCAUAUGCUGCAAACUAGGCAAAAAUACCGACUACAGGCCUCGGCAUUUCCGCGCCCGGCAAAAAUCCUCCGAUAUGCGCAGAAUGUCGAUCAGCUCCGAUGCCUCCAGUGCUUUCGACAAUAAACACCACCCGGAACCAAUGUCAGACAGCGGCAGUGACAACGAACACAAGGACAGCAGAGACUUAUUGCCUGUCAAGAAGAGGCGGUCCAGCGAAAAUGCGGAAGUCGAGUUGAAGACCUCUCCUGUCAUGGACCCACCGAGAAAAACGGCCUUCAGAAUGCAGCUCGCCCAGCAAAUAGUCAGCAACUCCACCAAAGUUCUCAAGAAGCCGAUGGUCGUGGUGCGGCCAGCACCAAUUAUGUUGCUCAACACAUUGCCCAGCAACAACCUGGCGAUGGACAAACGCUGCAUGUUGCUGAUUCUGAGAUAUUUAUCCCCCAAAGACUUGCUCGCGUGUGCUCUGGUUUGCAAAACCUGGGCUACAUACACCGUGGACCCUGUAUUGUGGAAGAAAAUGGUGUUCAGUCGUAAGCACAUAUCGUCAGACAUAUUGAAGGGUAUCGUGCGGCGACAGCCUGAAGUGCUAAACUUAGAUUGGUGCCAUUUGAACAAAUUCCAAUUGCCGUGGUUGAUCCAGCGUUUGAACCAGCUCAAGGAGCUGUCAUUAGUGAGUGUGAAUGUUAAGACCGCCAUUUCCUUGCGCACCAAUCACUCGGCAGUGCUACAAGUGUUAGAUCUCAGUUUUAUAUCGGAGUUUAACGAUUCGGCGCUGAGGGACAUUAUCGGGCCGAAUAAUGACUCUCGGACCGGCUUGUCAGCGGAAAAAAAUCGUUUUAGGAACUUGAAGACGCUGAGGAUUGCUGGCACCGACGUUACAGACAUUGCGUUGCGCUACAUCACCCAGUAUCUCCCUAAUCUGAUGCAUUUGAGUUUGAGUUCGUGUCCGAGGAUUUCGGAUGCCGGAAUCGCGCAACUCACCACGAAACCAUCCAAUACCAUUACGAACCUGAUUAGCCUCGAUUUGAGUCACUCGAAGCUGGUUACUGAGACUAGUUUGGAUCAUUUGUCCAAGUGUGAGAAGUUGACAAGACUGGAUUGCCGGCAUGCGCAGCAAAUUACCACGCAGGCGCUCAUCAAGUUCGCCGCCAAAAGUGAGCAUAACCUGCAGGUUAGAGAGAUCAAACUUGUCGAUGUGAGGCAAAAGGUUUAAUGGUGCAAAAGCCGAAAAAUCGAUGUAGAGAAGGUUUAACCUUAUUUAGAGACUGAAUUAGACGAUUUUAAGUCUGGCAACUUGCAGUGUAACCAGGAAAUGAUUGGGUAAAGUAAGAUGGCAAAGAUUUUUCUGAGGAUGAACAAUAAUUAUGAGACAAAUACUGUCUGUAGUUAGCUGGAAGAGGUGGUAUAUUCAUUAUUCCAGAUUUUAUGGGAGUUUCUCCUCGUUUCUAUAUAAUUAAAAUAUGAGAAUUAUUUCAAUAUACAGGGUGGGGCAUUAGUGCGUCGGAGCUCGAUUGCUCGAGUUCUAUGAUAGCUAGAAAAUUGAUUCAAAAACGAAUGUCAAUGAGACAACAAGGUCCGUAACUAGAAAUUAUUGC